UUGACAAUCGUUCUGCUAAAGGAUUCUUAUCAAACUCCUGACCCUCAUGGUUGCUGUUCACUUCAAAGUGAUUUAAUUGCAACUGGGCUUUAAAUCCCAUUUCACUGAUUGGGUGCUUUUAAGAUUUUUGUUUAGUAAUCCUAGAUAAGGACAAGCACGACGGGACAAAAAAAUAGAGAGACUGCUAUUGUUUAUUCAUUUUUCCAUUAUUAAUGUGAUUUAACUUUUGGGUUUUUUUUUUUUUAAUGUUUGAGAAGUGGCAACUAUACAGAAAUGGAGUUGUCUCUUUAUGGGAAUGACCUUUGGACCUCUUCAAAGGCCAAGUCUGCAACUGAGCUUCGACUUUUUUUUUUCUUCCUUCAAGUCUUCCUAACCUUUGUCCAAAUCCCAUUCCUCUCCAAAUGGUGUCUUUGUCAGAUUCACGUUUGAAUUUACAUUGCAUGCCAUUUAAUAUAUUGAUAAUAUUCUAUUUUCUAUAUUUUUGUAUAUCAUAAACGUCGUUUUGCGGCUUUUGCCAUACUUUCUCUGUUUCUCUCGAUCUUCCCCAUAUUUUGUCGCCAAAUAUCCAAAACAACGUCUGGUUGAGAUAGAACUACGGAAGUUUGGAGGUGGGUUGAGGGUAAAAUCCGGAAUGAGCCUGCAAUUGAAGCCUAUUCAUCACCACCUCCACCACCAUGGCCGCCGCCAUUGCCACAGUCAGGAGCCGUACCAACCCAGUUACAGAGUACAAAUUCAAGCUCCAUCGGCAUCUCUGCACCUGAACCAUUCAUUCGUUUCUUUGCUGCCGAAUUGCCAUUUAUUGAAUGGAAAUCGAGGGGUUUCGUUGGGAUUAUUCAACAAUAGGAGGAAAAGACGAUGUGGGGGUGGCGGCAGAAUCGGUCACAGGGGUAUUGUGGCGUCCGGCAUUGCGGGGACACCGAUUUCAGAUGGCUCGAAAUCAGAGAAAGGGUUUGUUUCUCCUCCCCUCAGUGACAUCCUUUGGCCUUCUGCAGGGGCAUUUGCAGCGAUGGCAAUGCUGGGGAAAAUGGAUCAGAUUCUAGCGCCAAAGGGGCUCUCUAUGACAAUUGCACCAUUAGGAGCCGUUUGUGCUGUCCUGUUCGCAACGCCCUCAUCCCCUGCUGCUCGAAAAUACAAUGUGUUCAUUGCCCAGAUUGGGUGUGCGGCAAUUGGGGUUUUAGCGUUUACUUUGUUGGGGCCUGGAUGGCUGGCUAGAAGCUCUGCUCUGGCUGCAUCCAUGGCGUUUAUGAUCUAUACUGGUUCGACGCACCCACCAGCCGCAAGUUUGCCGAUACUGUUCAUCGAUGGAGCUAAGAUGCAGCAGCUGAAUUUCUGGUACGCUCUGUUUCCUGGUGCCGCUGGAUGUAUUCUCCUUUGCUUGAUACAAGAGUUAGUGAUGUUCUUGAAGGAGAAGUUCAAAUUUUAAAAGUGUGGGAAAGAAUGUCACACAGUGAACAGCCAUUAUUGAAGGUCUCCCAAAGCUCAUUUUUGUGGGUUUUGAUUUAGUGAGAACAACCCUUAUGAUCUGAUGGAAAAUAAUUCAUUCCUCCAAUAAAUAUUUUGGUCCCAUAAUUCUUAAUCCAAGGACAUCCUCCUUUGGACCCAUCCUAAAAAUUUCAACCCCACACACCGCAUUCAAUCAAUUGCCUUUUCAUUCUUAAAUUAAGUUGUAAAUUUAUCCCCCCAUACUCUCUGUUUUUUGAGCUUUGAAAAGUGUAUUUCUUUGGUUUAUGGAAAAAGAAUGAUGUUAUUAUUA